UGAUUGUGACGGAAAGAGAAUAGGGUGAGUUUUGAUGAAGAUGACAAUGCUUGUUCCGUUGUGUAGCAAAUAGCAAUAACAAAAACAAAGAAAGUUUUUGGUUUCCUCUUUGUGUUGUUUUUGAAAAGAAAGAUAUGUCUGUGCCUCUGCACAACCCCAAGUAAGCACCCAUCACAUUGGUGUCUUUCUUGUCAUUUUAGAGAGAGACAGCCUAUGACCCUGCAACUGCAACACAUCAAUCUCACACGUGUGACUCAUCUUUUCUUUUCUUUUCUUUUAUUUAUUAUGUUAUUAAAUUGAAAUUAGAAUGCCAGUGUCAUUGCCUCAGUCUGGACACCUAACUACUUCAAUCUCUCUCUCUCUCUCUCUCUCUCUCAAAAUUGUAAUAAGCACUUUUAGCUGUUUUAAGUCCUUCUUCUUACCACUUCACUACUUGUUUGUCUUUGUCUUCUUAAAACUUUCCUCAUUACAUCUAAUAUUCUCUCUUCUUGAUAUGAGAUCAAUAUAUUAUCAAAAUUAAUGAACACAUAUUCUUCUUCACCUUCAAUGGGAAUGGUUUAUCAAAACAUGAGUUCUCUUUCACUUUCUUCCUCCAACAACUAUGCUGCUUCUUCUUCAUCUCAACAUUGCUAUCUUUCUAAUCAGGGUACUUCUGCUAACUGGUCUUUACCUUUUAUGAGGGAAUGUUGUGUUACUGAGGAAAACAACAACAGUGAUGUUGGGGACGGAAAUGCUUCUGAUUCUGCUGAUGCUGUUGCUGAAAACAGUGACAAAAUUAUUAACUUUAGUGAAGACAACAACCCUAAUGACAGUGGCAAAGAGGUAAAUACUGAACAUUCUAAACUAUGUGCAAGAGGUCAUUGGAGACCUGCAGAAGAUUCUAAGCUUAAAGAACUUGUUGCUCUUUAUGGUCCUCAAAACUGGAAUCUCAUAGCAGAAAAGCUAGAAGGAAGAUCUGGUAAGAGUUGUAGGUUGAGAUGGUUCAACCAGUUGGAUCCAAGGAUAAAUAGAAGAGCUUUUAGUGAAGAAGAGGAAGAAAGGCUAAUGCAAGCUCAUAGGAUUUAUGGAAACAAAUGGGCCAUGAUUGCUAGGCUUUUCCCUGGUAGAACAGAUAAUGCUGUUAAGAAUCACUGGCAUGUUAUAAUGGCUAGAAAGUACAGAGAACAAUCAAGUGCUUACAGAAGGAGGAGGCUGAACCAAUCUGUUUACAGAAGAAUGGAAGAAGACAAUACAAGUUUUGUCUCUAGAGACUUAGUCACAGGUGGGAUAGAACCAAUGGCACCACCAUACUGUAUCACCCUCCCAAAUGGAACACUUGGCUUUAACAUGGCUACUUUUCCAUAUUCACCAUCCUUUCAUGGAGUAGUUGAUGCUACCAAUGAACCAAUUUCAACUAACAAACAUGUCCUUACUCCUCCUAUUGGCUUGUAUUCACAACAGACACCACUUGAUUUCUUUUCUGGAGUUAGGAGAAAUGACAUGAUGGGUGAGUAUUAUAAUAACCAAAUGAGAUGUUGGGAUAGGCCAAAUGAUUGUUCACAUCAUCAAACAAAUACAAGUUUGUACACUCAUUAUCCUCCACAAUAUAUCAUGCCAAUACAAGAAGAAAACAAGAAUCACAAUAAUAACUUUGACAGUUCAUCAAAAUCCACCACAGCAACAACAAGAAAACCAGUUUCACAGAUAAUUUUGGGCAGUGAAGUUUCACUAUCAACAGUAGCAGAAGAAAGAGAGCAAAUCCUGAUGAUGAGUGAUGAUGAAGCAGAUGGAGAUGCAAAUCCUCCAUUUAUUGACUUCCUUGGAGUAGGAGCCACAUGAUCAAAGUUAGAACCAAAACAAAAAAAAAAGCUGCAAAGCAUGAAGGUCUUCCUCACCCCUGAAUAUAUAGGUGGUGUGGUCCAAACAUUACUGAGAAAAACCAUUCGAGGUAAACAGAAAGGAUAGUUGCUUCAGUUUGGUGACUGUGUUACUUGCGUCACUUCUCUUCAUAUCACCCUAUCUCCUCUUUUCUUUUCCCUUUCUUACUCUCCUCAUCACAUGGGGACCCCCAAACUUAAUAACAUUAAUUCAUAAUAAUAUCAUUUUAUUUUAUUACUCUACUCAUUUUUAUUGUAAAUAAUCAUUUUAGUUUUUAAAUGAGUGAGAUAAUCUCUUUAUAUAUAACUUCUGUGAUAAAUCAAAAACUGAGAAUAUCAAACUACUUCAUCAAAA